AUGAAAAAGCAUAUUAUAUUGUUAGGUUUCUGUUCCGUCUUCAGUAUUAUCUCAGCAGUACCAGUUGCAGUACAAAAUGAUGAAAUCAAAGAGAGUUCGUUGACGAUUGAAGAUUCACAACCAUUAAUUGUCGUCGACGAUGACUCACCUCCACCGGAGCUGCCUCAUUUAACGCCGAGUGAGAAAGCAGCGCUGAUUCGUCAGAGUGGACAAGAUCCAGCGAGACGACGGAGAGCGCGACAUUCCAUAACCAGGGUGCAAAAAUUGAAACGUGACUUGGCGCUGGCACCUUGGCGAAUAACCCAUGUGGUUCGACGUCGACCGCCACCGGCAAAGAAGGCCGAUCGGCCGGCUGUGGCUCUACCGGUGGACAGAUGUCCGGAUAAAUUUGAUGCCAUCACUAGAGGUAAGACUGAUCCUUCGAGUCAAACUUAG